AUGCCCGGUUGUCUGAAGGCGGCUCCAUCGGAGGUAGCGUUCACCAGGCGCUUCAUCUUGUCGCCACACCGGCGGCGGCCAGUGCACUGCCACGCCCGCCACUCUCCCGCACGCACACCUUACCCGUCUUACGCACAGCCGUCAUUAGACGCAGCGCCUGGCGGCUCGUUGUCAUCGCAUCCGCACCAGCACCAUCAUUCCCAUGACCCUGUUACCCAUCACAGCACCGAUGACUCCCCCAUGAAGUGUGAGGCAACGUUGUCCGUGUUGGCACCGCCAACUCCAGCCACCGACGCUGCCCAUGCGCGCCGCGUCAAGCAUAGACCUUGCUCCCAGGCUUACUGUCGACACAGUGCGGCAGACACGUCAGCGCAGCAGCAGCAGCAACAGCAGGGGCCUCCUGGAGCGCAGGCGCUGCCGCUGAGGUCGCGGCGGUGGCCAACCGAUCGCGCGGCGGUAGAGGAUCGAAUACCCGAGGCAGAGCUCGCUCGUCACCGCUGCGGCUCGCAGCUGUCACCGUCAUCCUCACCGUUGCUUGACCCACCCACAAGGUUGGCCGCACCGACAGUCGACAUCAUGCACUUUGACGCAUCGUCCUCGCGGCCGCUGUCAUCGAGUCGGCCCGCCUCACGACUGCAGCAACUCCUGCGCAAGCUGGAGGCGGAGGCGCAUCGAUCAGGCUGCACCGUGACCGAUGUUGCUGAUGGUAAACGAAACACUGUUGAGUUGUACCAAGCACUGUUCCUGCAGGCCUUGGCGGACGGUGCCGCCUGGGAGCGCCAUGCACGCGCCCUUGAGGCCAACGCCCAGGCCUCUGCAAAGCGUGAGGCUCAUUUUAAACGGCAACUGCGGCACCUGCGGCGCAGUGUUGAGCUGCUUCUGGCGUAUGUGAAGGGGUCUGAGCGGGUGGUGGAUGUCCUCGGCAGAGGGACCGCCUGUGGCACCGGUGCGUCGACUCAGAGGGAGAGGGCGGUGCCGGAUGACACUCCAUCAAUGUCGCCGGGCGCACUGGCCACGUCAGCAGCAGAGGCAAUGGUGGAUGUAGCGUCAUCUUUUCCAUGGAGUCCCGCAUCGCUGUCUGCCGUGAGUGAGCUCAUACGAGGCUCCCUUGGGCGCUCACUGAACCUCGUCUACGGCGUCAGCGGCAGUGACAGCCGACACGGCGAGGACGAUGCCGCCGUGCGGAAGAUGGAUGGCCGGUCGCACGCAGCAGUCGCCAAGGGACCGGGGGACUUACAUGAGCUUGAUGGUUUCCAAUCGGAAUCGCUUGCCCCUGUGCACGAGGUUGGGGAGGCGCCAUGGGAUCAGCCCUCAUGGGAUGGCAAUGUGGACGAUGUCGGCACCGGUAUGCACACUCGAUACGAGGCGAGCGCGGCGUGGGAGGGCAAAGACAGGGGGGACGCAGUCCAGAGGUCACCCCGCGGCGGCACAGAGGCGUUUGAGAUGCGCACGCCGUAUAGCCGGGCGCCGCCAGCUGCUGUUCGUGCUUCUGAAAGGGUGCGUCGUGAGUCGACGUCAUCGCUUCCAGACCGUGGAACAGCCGCGCGGGCUGUUACAGUGCUCGAAGGCGGCGCAUUUCCCCAUGCUACCUCGCCAUCUCCGCUUUUCUCAUUGCUUGGCCAUGCUACGACAAUUGACGCCGCCAUGGAGACAGCGUCAGUGACGCGCGAGAGUACUCCCCUCGAUGGUGCUGCUGCUGCUGCUGCCGCUCCUCAGGUUGCACCGACGUCUGCCGCUCACAGCCUGCUGGAGCUUCUGCGCAGUCGAGACCCGUCGACUCGAGGGACGGCCGCGUUGGGUCAGGGACUUGUUGACACAUCGCUGGGCACUAUUUUCAAGGCAACGCCGCAGAUUGCUGCCGCGCUUCAGAACGCUGACUACGAGGUCACGGUCGCCGAGGUGACACGCAGUCACAGCUCCAGCGAUGUUGCGCAUCUGAAGUGUGCGGUGCCUGCGAGGGCAUCAUCACCGUUUGCUUCAGCCUCUCGACCACCUCUGACACCGAGUUGCUCUUCGAUUCCACGACAGAGCUCCGGCUCAAAAAGCGAGGCGCUGCCCUCGCAUCCUGAGUCGCUGCCGUCGUUGGCGCCCUCGCCCUCGCCACCCCAGAUGCCACGGGUCGGUGACAGCGGCGGCAGCAACCGUGCGCCACCUGCCACAGGGGCUGCUGCUGCUGCACCUAUCGCGGUGGCGGAGCUCGUUCACACGUCGUCGCCUGCUGUAUUGUCUUUCCCAUCUCAUCAGGCUUUCACAAAUCUCGCUGCCACGCAUCAUCGCGACGGCACCGUGGCAGCGCAGUUCGAUGACGGCCCGGUGUACUCGUCUAAUGACUGGGAAUUCUUCGAGAGGGCGAGUUUCGCUGACCGCUUUGGUACGUCGUCGUCGUCCUCACCCACGAGGCAGCUGGAGGAAGCACGCGGCGGACAUCGCAGACUCGCGAGCAGCGGCAGUAGCAGUGACACGAACGGUGACAAGAUGACAGACGAAAGGGUCGAGUUGGCUAACAGCGACGGCUACACGGAGUGGCGCACACAGCUGGAGGCGCAUCUGAAUCACGGCUGGGCCUCGGGUAUGUGA